AUGCCCGAUCCAGAUCCAUCCACCACCAAGAAACCGACCAUACGCGCUGUGGUCUUCGACGUUCACCCGUACAAAGUCCACGUGCGCACCCUCCCCAAGCCGACGAUCGUCCGGCAGACUGACGCGGUCGUGCGCCUCACGGCGGCGGCCAUCUGCGGCUCCGACCUGCACAACUACCACGGGGUCUUCGGCAGCCGCGAGGUGCCCUACCCACUGGGCCACGAGGGCAUGGGCAUCGUGGAGGAUGUCGGGGCGGAGUACAGUCCCUCAGGCUCGGGGACCGCGUCGUGGUGCCCGAUUUCCCGGCCCGAGGGCGGCUGGAUGGGGGCUGUGAUGCGGUCGAGCAGGACGGAAUACGAUCGCGUCCCGCACGCAGACCAAACCCUGAUCAUCCUGGGGCCGCCCUUUGACUCGAUCGACGACGCCGACCUGGUCCUCCUGAGCGACAUCUUCCCCACCGGCUGGACGGGAGUGAGCUGGUCCGGCUUCGAGGCCGGCGACACGAUGGCCAUCUUCGGCGCAGGGCCCGUCGGAUUGCUCGCUGCCUACUCGGCGCUCCUGCGCGGCGCAUCGCGGGUCUACUCGAUCCUGGCCCGGGAGCCCGGUGGCGUUACGCGUACGGUCGACUGCGUCGGCGAGGAGUGCGUCGACGGCCAGGGCCAGUCUGAUCAGUCGUACGUGGUUGCCCAGGCGAUCCAGAGUACCCGCGCAGGCGGCGGGCUGGCGGUUAUUGGGGUGUACUUUGUGAUGCCGACGUCCCCUGGCGUGCGACGCGGGGAUGCCAUCUCGCCGACGGUGACGUUCCCGCUGUCGGGGGUGUGGAUGAAGGGCCUCACUCUGCGGGCCGGGGCGGUAGACGCGAAGUCCGUGAUGGCGCCGCUGCUGGAGCUGAUCCGCGUGGGGAAGGCGAGGCCGGGGUUUGUCUUUUCCUCGGUGGUGGAUAUCGAGCACGCGCCGAAGGCGUAUCGUAGGUUCUCGAAGCGGCUGGAGAUUAAGGUCUUGAUUCGGUUUGAGGGCGGGGAUAAGGCUGGGACACAGGGCGCUGGUGGGAGUAGGCUGUAG